AUGAGCCCACCAAUCAUUCCCAGCCCAUCAGCCCAUCAGCCCACCAGCCCACCCACUGUUCGUCUUGCGCAGCCUGCAAGCGCUUGCUUUCCCUCGUUCUCGUUGCAGGCUCUCUCUCCCCCGCAAGUCGCAAGAUGCAAGCUUCAACCUCCUUCAUCCUCUAAUCCAACAGCGACGCCUAACAAGGUGGGUAUUCUCUCUGAUUCUCCUUGA